CGCAUAAUUAGUGUACUAGCAAAAAACAAUUUACACCUAGCUAUAUAUACUUUUUUGUUGCACAAGAGGCCUUGAAAUAUAAUCAUCUCCCAAGUGCAUGGCGGGUCCCAAGGGUUAUUUAGAUGCCGGGGAUGAGUCGCAUAUCGACACAUUGGGUUCACAACCUAGCGCUCCCGAGGUGCACCAUAGCACGGGAAGAAAAAAUGUAGACAAGAUAGAAAUAGCCGCCAAAAAAAAUAAAGCAGCGGCAACACCAUAUACACUAGAAAACACAGCUGCUUAUGCGGAGAAAAAGGCUGAUGCCGGGAAUUACUCUAGCAGUACGUACACGGGCUCUGAAAGUGAGGGAGCAGAGCUUCUCGGCUACAACUCAGGUGAAAACGGCACUGUAGAUAAUGAAAAGCACAACAUGGACAGCGCCAAGGGUGCUGACCUCGAUGAUAGCCCAUUUGAAGUUGUACGCACAGCAGUCAGCAACACGGACAUGCCGUCAAUGCCGUCAAUGACGUUUCGCUCGGCUGUACUGGGUGUGUUUUUUGUGUUUCUCAUUUCGUUCGUCAACCAAUUUUACUGGGAGCGCGACAACCCAAUUGCGCUUAACUUGCUUAUUGUGCAGCUGCUGUGCUAUCCGGUAGGCGUUGCAAUGGCUUGGGGGCUUCCUGUGCGGACAUGGAACUGCUUUGGGUACAAGUGGUCAAUGAACCCAGGUCCAUUUACCAUCAAGGAGCAUGUGUUGGUUUCGCUCAUGGCAAAUGCCAGCUCCAACAUGGCACUGACCGUUGAUAUCUUUGCAGUACUGCGCUUGUAUUACGACCCAUCAUUUUCACUGUGGACGGCAUUGAUUCUGCUCCUUAGUGGCCAGCUAUUUGCCUACUCACUCGCCGGUCUUUCCCGCACACUCCUGGUACUCCCAGCGCCAAUGAUCUGGCCCUCGACACUCAUAAAUGCGUCUCUCUUUCGCACUUUUCACGAAAGCGACACUUACGCCGAAAACAAGGCCGCCGCCGCCGCUGCUGUGAUGUCUGCCGAAAGUGCAGCGCAAAAUGGUAGUGCACGCAGAUCAUUGUGGAAACGCUGGAGGCCAAAGUCAAUGUCCAGCAUGAACAGAACGCAGUUCUUUUGGAUAUGCUUUGCGGGCAGCUUUGUGUGGUACUUUGUGCCUGGAUAUCUCUUGCAAGUCCUGUCAACCAUAUCGGUGCUCUGUCUAAUUGCACCGAACAACCACUUGGCCAACCUGAUAGGCGAUGGCAAGCGGGGUCUCGGUGUACUGUCCUUUUCACUGGAUUGGAGUGUCUUCUCGAAUGCAUUCCUUUUAAGUCCCAUCGCCACGCCCUUCUGGGCUGCGUGCAACUUAUUCCUGGGAUUUGUGCUUGUUUUCUGGAUUGCCCUGCCUAUUGGCUACUUUAAGAACAUGUGGGGCGCAGCCACACUGCCGCUCUAUGGCGCUAAUGUGUACACAACAAACAGCACGCUCUACAACAUUUCUAGUGUUAUGCGUGAUGGCGUGUUUGACCCGCAGGCUUAUGCUGAAUACAGCCCCUUGCGCAUGUCACUUGAGUUUUCAUGGGUCUAUGGGAUUGGUUUUGCCGCGCUGAUGUCUAUAUUGGUUCACAUCGGGCUCUACAAUGGAAAAGAGAUAAUUUCCAGAGUGCGCGAGUCAAAGUCCAAGCAUGACGAUGUACAUGGGCGGCUUAUUAUGCAGUAUCCGCCAGUCAAGACCUGGUGGUACUUGGUUAUGCUUGUGGCUAGCUGCGCAAUAGGAAUUGCCAUUGGUGCGGGAAUGAAAAUUGGUGUUCCGUGGUGGGGCUACAUCUUGUCGUUUGCCAUCGCCAUUGUGUUAAUUAUUCCUGUAGGCAUAAUCCAGGCAGUCUCCAACAGGCAGCCGGGACUCAGUCUGGUUGCCGAGCUGCUCUCAGGUCUGGUUCUGCAAGGUAUACCCACAGGUUACUCAAUUCUCAAGCUCUACGGUCAUGGCAGCCUUGCCCAGGCGCUCUCAUAUGCACAAGACAUGAAGCUGGCACAUUAUAUGAAAAUACCACCACGCCAGGUGCUCAUCUACCAGGUCGCUGGCAUAAUCAUCAGCGUCGUCAUCCAGACAUGUCUCUUCUUCUGGCUCAUUGACCAUAUCCCAGGAAUGUGCCAGCCUGAGGGCUACCCGUGGGUCUGUCGCUCGACCAACCUGGUAUACAGUGCAUCCAUAAUCUGGAAUCUCAUUGGCCCUCUGAAGGUUUUCGGCGAGGGCUCACCGUACAGCCCGCUGCUCUGGGGCUUCCUUUUUGGCAUAUUCCUCCCCAUUCCCGUGUACUUCCUCCAGCGUCGCUUCCCCUCUGUAGAAUGGCUUAAGUACGUUUAUAUUCCAGUGAUACUCUCCGGAAUUGUCGGGCUGCCACCAAUGCCCCCGGUUGACUUCCCCAUGUGGUUUUUGUUUGGGUUCAUCUUCAACUUUUUGAUACAUCGGUACUGGAACAUGUGGUGGCAAAGGUACAACUUUACACUUUCUGCCGGUCUCGACUCUGGGCUGGCGCUCUCGGGGAUUUUCCAGUUCCUGGCCCUGUCGCAGAACGGCAUUAAUCUCGAUUGGUGGGGGAACCAGAUAGACCGUCAGUGCCCGCUGAGUUCACAGCCAUGGAUAAAAUCGUAGUUGUGUAUUACCUACGGUGAACCAUUCAUAUUUUUCUUUUUUUUUUCUACA